UUUCUACUUCCGGUUCACUUGCAACAUUUGUUUACCAUCCGGGUUGUGCAGUACUUUGGUGUAAUCUUUUCCCAACCAAACGAGCUCCUUUAAAACAUUCUCAUCGGUGUCCCACAGGCAUCACUGCAGAAGCUCUUCACCCUGAAAAGCACGAUCCCCUCCACGUUAAGCGGACGGUGGAGUCCGAUAUGCCGUGGAUCAAACAGGAGGCGGAGUCAGAGACCCCUAAAAUUAAAGAAGAAGAACAGGAAGUUGAAAUCCCCAAGAUUCCAAUGGGUGUCGGUGUGAAGAGCGAAAAAGUCGAAGGUCCAAGCGAAGAGAGUGGAGCAGCGAAACCUUCGAGCAGCAGCUCAUUUCAGCACCUGACAACAAAAGGAGAGGGACGAUCUCAACCGGACAGCAUCUUGGCUCCUCUUUCGGACAGCGACGACAUAACAUCACACUCUUCUGACUUUAAUACUGAUGAGGAGGAUGAUGACUUUGACCAAAAUGCUUCAAAAUCUUUAAACAAGUCAUCAUUGAAAAGACACAGAAAAGAAUACGCGGUUGGGAAACCUUUUCCCUGCUCAUUUUGUGAUAAAACAUUUUCUUGGAAACGUAAUUUAAAAGUACACAUGCGUACACACACCGGGGAGAAACCUUUUCUCUGCACGUGUUGUGGUAAACGGUUCACUGUGAAGGGAAAUUUGAACGAACACAGAAGAACCCACACUGGAGAGAAGCCUUUUGCCUGCUUACUUUGUGGUAAAAAAUUUUCUCAGAAGACUCAUUUAGAAAUACAUAAGCAUACACACACUGGAGAAAAGCCUUUUGCCUGCACACUUUGUGGUAAAAGAUUCACUCAGAAGGGACAUUUAGUAUCGCACACAAGAAUCCACGCUGGAGAGAAGCCUUUUGCCUGCACACUUUGUGGUAAAAGAUUCAUCGAUAAGGGAGGUUUAACCAAACACACGAGCACACACACUGGAGAGAAGCCUUUCGCCUGCACACUUUGCGAUAAAAGAUUUAGUCAGAAGACUGAUGUAGAAACGCAUAAACGUAUACACACAGGAGAAAAGCCUUUUGCCUGCUCACUUUGUGGUAAAAGAUUCACUCAAAAAGGAAAUUUAGUAAAGCACGCAAGAAGCCACACUGGGUCAAAACCUUUGAAUUGCAGCAUGUGACAAAGUAUUCUGAUUCCUGCUAUGCAUUUGCAACAGAAAAAGCAUUCAAUUUCCCUAUUCAGUUUCCCUUGAGCCUCUUUUGAAAAAGUUGUUGAAAUUAUUUUCCAGUUUUCCUUUUCACAACUAUGCUUUUUUUUAAUUGAAUAAAUUGCAUUACAUGUCUUUCUGUUGACAUUGUUCCAUAACUUACAUACUGCUUAUUGAUUUUUGCUGUUUUACUUCUGAAUGUUAACAUUUGACAUCCAUAUCUAUAUUUCCUCGCAAACAACCUCCUCCCUUCCCCCUUCCUCUGUCACCUUAUGUUAACAAGACAUCAAUAUAUGGAUCUUUUCAAAGCUGCUUUUAAGGGUGUCAAAAAAAUCGAUUCUGAAAUAUAUUACGUCACGCAAUUCUCGUAUCAAUUCCAAUUCAUCUGUAUCGAUAAAUACACAUGAAUUUUUGGUGGAAAUAAACAAUUCAGUUGCUGCACUUCUACUCCCAUCAA